GUUCUUUUUUCUUACUUGUAAAGAAGCUUCCUUUGAGGUAACUACACUUUGUGUUAGAUAAAACCCACAUCACCCCUCCCCCCAUCUCCAUCUUUCUCUCUUUAACAUAUCGAGCUGUUUAGGUCAACAAUAACCCCGUUUUGAAUCCUCCAUCCGUGCCUUGUCUUUCUUUAGGGUUUGAUGAUGAUCCCUCAUGGUCAAAUAUGAAGGCACCGACUCUCUCACAAUUCUCUUGUACUGCUAAAUAUACAUCUGCUUUUCUUUGUUUUCUUCACAGCCUCACAUAUCUAUCUGCCUACUCAAAUAUCUUCUUAGCUCCAACUAUAUAUUUUUUCUUGAUCCAGAGGGCUAUAAUUAGCAGAAUUGAAGGUGGGGUCAGGGUAUAAUUUUAUGGAGUUGAUGCAAGAAGUGAAAGGGUACUCUGAUAGCAGAGAGGAGGAGGAGGAGGAAGAGGGAGCAGCAGAAGAAGAAAGCAGCCGGUUGUUACACCAGCACCAGGAUGCAGCAGGUUCCAAUUUCAUCAUCAACAACAAUCAACAUCAUCAACAUCACCACACAACAAAGCAGCUAGAUUUCAUGGACUUGUCACUUGGUAGCAGCAAGGAUGAAGGGAAUUUGCCAGGAUCUUCUUCUUCUGUCUAUGCUCAUCAUCAUGCAGCAAGUGGUAGUUCUUCUGUCAAUGGUAACAACAACCUGCAGCAACAGCAACAGCCUGCUGAGAAGGAGCACAUGUUUGAUAAAGUAGUGACACCAAGUGAUGUGGGGAAGCUGAACAGGUUGGUGAUACCAAAGCAGCAUGCUGAGAAGUAUUUCCCUCUUGAUUCCUCAGCCAAUGAGAAGGGUCUGUUGCUGAAUUUUGAGGACAGGAAUGGAAAGUUGUGGAGGUUCAGGUACUCCUAUUGGAACAGCAGCCAGAGCUAUGUGAUGACCAAAGGUUGGAGCCGUUUUGUCAAAGAGAAGAAGCUUGAUGCGGGUGACAUUGUUUCCUUCCAGCGUGGUGUUGGAGAAUCGUAUAGGCAUAGGUUGUACAUAGAUUGGAAGAGAAGGCGUGAUCAUCAUCAUCAUCACCAUCAUGGCCCUGUCGACCCUUCAACCACACUCUUCACACCUUUCUUUCUUCCCAAUCAGCCUCAUCACUUAAUGUCCAUCAGAUGGGGUGCCACUGACAGAUUGUACUCCCUCCCUUCCCCAACCCCACCACGCCACCAUGACCAUUUGCAACAUCAACAACCCCUCAAUUACAACAACAACACCAUGUAUCAUCCCUUUCAUCACCAUGGUGGUGGAAGUGGAAUUAAUGGUACUACUCAUCACUACAACAAUUACUAUCAUGAGAUGAGUAGUACUACUAAUACUACCACUUCAGGAUCUGGCUCAGUCUUUUACCUCAGGUCAACACCCCCAUCAAUGCCAUUGGCUGAUCACCAAACCUUGAACACAAGACAACAACAGCAGCAACAGCAACAACAACAACAACAAGAGGGAGGUGGCAAUGUUUCACUUCCUCCUAUGAUCAUUGAUUCUGUUCCAGUUGCUCACCACCUCCAUCAUCAUCAUCAUCAACAUCAACAUCAACAUCAACACCAUGGUGGCAAGAGUAGUGGUUCUAGUAGUCCUAGCACUGCAGGGAAAAGACUAAGGCUAUUUGGGGUGAACAUGGAAUGUGCUUCUUCAACAACAUCAGAAGACCACCCCAAAUGCUUCAGCUUGCUGUCCUCAUCUUCAUCAAUGGCUAAUUCCAAUUCUUCACUACCACCACUUCAGCUUUUGAGGGAAGACACACUUUCAUCAUCAGCAGCAGCAGCAGCAAGGUUUGGAGAUCAGAGAGGAGGAGUAGGGGAACCUUCAACUUCAAUCUUUUUUGAUCUGGACCCUUCUUUGCAAUACCGGAAGCGAUAAAAAAAAAAAAUUGAUCUGAAGAAACAAAAUAAUGGAAGAAGAUACGAGUUUGAUCUAAAGUCAUCACCACCUACUACCUGGGCUAGCUACACUCUCUUUUGCAGCAUUUUUAUUUUUUUUCCUUUCUCUUUUUUGUUUCUUUCAUCAGCUACAAAGGAAAGAAAAGGCUCUCCCGGACUUUCUUCUUCUUUUGAUCAGUAAUUAGUCUUUAGCUUUUGCACGUUUUGAAGUCUUUUAGUACGUUUAGAACUUCUCAAUGAAUUAAUUAGCUGGGGAUUUGGGCCCCUGAAGAAAUAUUGGAACAUCCAUCGUUUCACAACCUAAAAGAGGGAAAUGAAAUCCAUGGAGAUCAAAUUACGCUUAGACCUUUUUUCAAUUGUGUAUAAUACAAUACAAAUAUAUUUAUUAUUAUUAUUA